UCUCUUCUUUUCUUUUCUUUUUUCUUUUUUGGAUAAACUGCAAUAAAAUUAGCUCAUAAACAAAACAUAACUAACCCCUGUACUUAAUUCAACACUAUCUGAAGUAAAUUGAAAGUUAAGGGAUUCCACAAAGAAAGAAACGAAUAUUAGAAGAAAAACCUUAUUCAAGAGGGUUUCUAGUGAGAGAAAAUUCAUGCGGAUGCUCUGUUUGAGUUGUUUUUCCCCAUUCCCUGUCAACGAAAGCGUAUAUCAAUUUUCAACGUUGAUCCUCUCCCUCCCUCGCAAUCUUGGAUCUCGCUCGCAGAUCCACCCUAACUGUCUUCUUCCUCACCACUUAUGGACCCUGCUGCUUCUCGUCCUGCUGUAGUUAUUGAUAAUGGCUCCGGGUAUACGAAGAUGGGUUUUGCCGGCAACGUUGAGCCGUGCUUUAUUGUUCCAACGGUGGUUGCACUUAACGAGUCGUUCCUCAAUCAAUCAAGGACCUCUUCUAAGGCCAAUUGGAUCGCCCAGCACAAUGCUGGGGUCAUGGCGGAUCUUGAUUUCUUCAUUGGGGAUGAGGCCCUUGCUAAGUCUCGAUCUAGCAGCACCUAUAGUCUAAGCUACCCGAUUCAGCAUGGCCAGGUUGAAAAUUGGGACUCCAUGGAGAGGUUCUGGCAGCAGUGCAUAUUUAACUACCUGAGAUGUGAUCCGGAGGAUCACUAUUUUCUUUUGACUGAGAGUCCUUUGACUGCGCCCGAGAGUCGCGAAUAUACCGGUGAAAUCAUGUUUGAGACUUUUAAUGUACCUGGAUUAUACAUUGCCGUAAAUUCGGUUUUAGCUCUUGCAGCUGGCUACACAACAUCUAAGUGUGAGAUGACAGGAGUUGUGGUGGAUGUUGGAGAUGGGGCUACACAUGUUGUACCUGUUGCAGACGGCUAUGUCAUUGGGAGUAGCAUCAAAUCAGUUCCUAUUGCUGGAAAGGAUGUUACACUUUUUGUCCAGCAGCUUAUGCGGGAAAGAGGAGAGAAUAUACCACCAGAAGACUCUUUUGAAGUGGCUCGGAAAGUGAAGGAAAUGUAUUGCUACACAUGCUCCGACAUUGUUAAGGAGUUCAAUAAACAUGACAAAGAACCAUCAAAGUAUAUAAGGCAAUGGAGAGGUAUCAAACCAAAGACGGGGGCUCCAUAUUCAUGUGACAUUGGCUAUGAACGGUUUCUUGGCCCCGAGGUUUUCUUUAAUCCUGAGAUAUAUAGCAGUGACUUUUCCACUCCUUUGCCAGUUGUAAUAGACAAGUGCAUUCAGUCUGCCCCGAUUGACACAAGAAGAGCAUUAUACAAGAAUAUAGUGUUAUCUGGAGGAUCAACCAUGUUCAAAGAUUUUCACAGGAGGUUGCAACGCGAUCUGAAGAAAAUAGUGGAUGCUCGUGUACAUGCAUCUGAUGCACGUCUAAAUGGGGAGAUUAAAUCACAACCAGUGGAAGUCAAUGUAGUCAGCCAUUCUGUCCAGAGAUUUGCAGUCUGGUUUGGAGGCUCGGUGCUUGCAUCAACCCCUGAAUUUUUUGCGGCUUGUCAUACAAAAGCAGAAUAUGAGGAAUAUGGAGCAAGCAUUUGUCGGACAAAUCCUGUUUUCAAAGGGAUGUACUGAAGUAAAGACAAAUUAGCUGAUCAUGCAAAUGGAGUUUCUUGAUUAAAAGCUUGAAUGAAUGCCUCUGCUUAUAUUGAUCCGCAAUUCACCUCCUGUGCUUUCUUCCAACCUUUGUCCUUCAGGGUGGCAGAAGUUGGUGUAGAAUAUGUAUAUUCAGUGAGAAAAUAUAUUUCCACUUUUUCUUCUUGCUGUUCUCUCUUUGGGAGUUACUUUCAUCAGAUGUGUGAUAUGGUUGCCAGUAGGUCUAGAUGUUACUUAAUGCUUUUAUAGAAACCAAUCUUCACCAAAUAGCUGGCUGAGCUGAAUUGCAAUUUUUGGUGUUCAGCUUAGAGUUUGAUGAAGAUCUGUAUUUUUUCAUUUGUUGCUUGGACUGAUCAUUCCGCUGAGCACUUUACUAGGUAGGAAGCUUAAUUCAUUGGGAUGGAAUUGUAAUACAAAUAAGCACUAUUGCAGGUUAGAAUCGGGUUAAUGUGAAUCACACAUAUUUUUUAUGUUUCA